AUGGCGGGUGUUGUUCCAACCGAAAUGUCUGCCAAUAGUCCAAGACGUACCGCCCAAUUUGCACGCAAUGCUCAAGGUGGAGCAAAUACGGAGAUGAAGACCGGAAUCCUCCAACUUGUUUAUGCAAAUCCAUUCACCGGAAUGGAUCAUGAGGAUCCUUUCGCACAUCUCACCAAAUUUUAUGAGAUUGCGGGUUCAACGGGAGUCGAUGCGGCCAAUGAAGAAUCAUUGUUCAAGAGACUAUUUCCCCACUCAUUACUUGGGAAAGCCAAAGAAUGGCAACCUCCACCUCACAACAAUCCGUACCAAAGAAACAACCAAGGAUUUCAACCCUCAAGAUUCAACAAUCAACACUAUCAACAUCAAAGUCCUUAUCAAAGCCCAAACCCUCAAGUCCAAGGUCAACAAUCUCAAGGUGGGAGCUCAAAAUUGGAAGACACUCUUACACAAUUCAUGCAAGCAUCCAUGUCUAACCAAAGGAGCAAUGAAGCGGCCAUAAAGAAUUUAGAAAAUCAAGUGGGUCAACUUGCAAAGCAAUUGUCCGAGCAACAACCGGGAGCAUCCUUUUCCGCCAACACCCAAACCAAUCCUAAGGAACAUUGCAAAGCCAUUGUUACAAGAAGUGGGAGAAAGGUGAAUAAUGGUGUGAAUGAAGAGGUCAUAGUGGAAGAUGAUGAGGAAGUAGUAGUUGAAGAGGAAGAAGUGGAAGUGAUAGUUGAAAAUGAGGGAGAAAAAAGUGAGGAAAAUAUAGAGGAAGACUUAGUUGAAAAAGAGAGGAAAGAAGAUGAAGAAAAGGAGAAAAACACUAAAAGUAUGAAGAGAAAUAAAAAGAGAGAUGAACAAAAGAGCGCAAUCCCUUCCCAACACUUACCAUACCCUCAUGCCAAAUCAAGGAAAGAUAAUGCAAGGCAAUACGCUAGGUUUAUGGAUAUUUUCAAACAACUCCAAGUGAAUAUCCCAUUUUCCGAAGCGUUAGAACAAAUGCCAAAAUAUGCAAAGUUCAUGAAGGACAUUCUCACCAAGAAAAAGAGAUAUUCGGAAGAGGAGACUAUUCUACUUGAUGCUCGUUGUAGUGCCAUAAUCCAAAAGACAUUACCGAAGAAAGAAGCCGAUCCGGGACGUGUUACCUUGCCGGUUACAAUCGGAGGUCAUUACAUAGGUAACGGUUUGGUCGAUUUGGGCUCAAGUAUUAAUUUAAUUCUGUUAUCUAUCAUCAAGAGAUUGGGAAACAUAGAGAUGAAGCCGACCCGAAUGACUUUGCAACUAGCCGAUAAGUCUCUCACCUCUCCUUACGGAGUUGCACAAGACAUGCUAGUCAAAGUGGACAAAUUUUUGUUCCCGGUAGACUUUGUGGUACUUGAUAUGGAAGAAGACCGUGACGUACCAUUGAUACUUGGAAGACCUUUCAUGAAAACAGCCCGGAUGAUGAUCGACAUAGACGAUGGUCUUAUGAAAGUGAGAGUGCAAGAUGAAGAAGUCACUUUCAAUCUCUUUGAAGCAAUGAAGCAUCCCAAGGAUAAACAUGACACAUUUCGAGUAGAUGCCACCGACGAGGAGAUUGAGGAAGUUGCUAAUCAAGUCCAUAUCUCUAGCCCCUUGGAAAGAUCUCUUAUAGGAGCUUACAAUGUCUUAUCCGAGAUUGAAGAAAAAGAAAUGGAAGCAUUCUUGAAUGAGUUGGAAUCCUGUGGGGAGAUAGAUCAUAAUGAAGAAAAGAUAGAAGAGUUGAGGGCGGAAAAGAAAUUGGAAGAAUAA